AUGGCUGUUAACGUGCACAGUAUGGUUUCUCAUCUGAUUGUCGAUUCGGCGCCGUUUUUGAAACGUACCCGUCUUGAGACUUUUGGUUGCAGAAUAUAUACAACUCCUGGCGUUAUAAGCGAAUUACGCGAUCCACACGUGCGUGAAACUUUAAAGAGCUUACCCUACAAAUUACAUCUUGAAAGUCCAUCUACAGAGGCUCUAAAACUUGUUACUGCCAAAUCGAAGGAGACUGGCGAUUUUUCAGUGCUCUCCACCACCGAUUUGAACCUCAUUGCGCUGACUUAUGAUUUACACAAGACUCAUGUGGGCGACCCAACUCCUAAGCCAGUCCCUUUGCCUAACGAUCUUGGGCAAAAGGCACAUACUUUCAUAUCUGAGUCUUCACGCAAGAAUUCUGACAGUGACAAUGAUACGUCAUCUUCGGUAAGCAGUGUAGACGGUGAAGACACAGAAGAAAAGGAAGAUGCUGGGCCGAUGGCUGAGGAAGAUACCGACCUGCCCUCUGAAGCUGACUGGAUUACCGAACAUAACUUUGAGCAGAAAGCUUUGGACAAUUUCGGUCUCGGUGUUCAAUCAUUCAACACUGAGACUCCCCUCUCCGCGUGUACUGAGGAUGACCCACCUCCGGUGGUUGCUUGCCUCACUACCGAUUUCGCUAUGCAGAAUGUACUCUUCCAUCUGGGGCUCCAGUUGAUCAGUCUGAAGGGAAUGCGGAUCACCACCCCACGAACUCACCUCUUGUGGUGUGGCUCGUGUUUCCGACCCACCAAACGUACGGAUACCUACUUCUGCCCUUAUUGUGCUCAAGCCAAUUUACGACGGAUUCCCGUCACUUUGGAAGAGGAUGGGCAACUAAAAUUCCACUUCUCGCGACGCUUUGUCAAAUCCUUACGUGGCUCCAGACAACCCAUCAGACGACCCAGAGGGGGUAAACACGCAGACGAACCGAUUUAUUGCCCAGAUCAGCGGCUGCCUGAUCGUCGACCAGCCAAGUUGAAAAAUCCCGAUGUACAAUACAUUGCGACCAACGGCAUUCUUGAUGAGUUGGCCGAUGAACUGGAUAGCAUAUGUGAAUUCGGUGAUGGCUCUUCUGCCUUCCCACUUCAUGACGUGAAUAGUCGCUCCGCACGUGUUGGCAUCAGAUCCGACCACCAGAUUCCCGUUCGAAGUUGGUUUCAUCCGAAGGCCGAACACGGACUGAAACCGACUCGUGGAAAGGCUCACAUACCGAAACCGAGAACUGGAAACAAGAAAAAGAAGAGGAAGAUCUGACCAAUUGUCUUGCGAAUUUGGCUGUACUUUUACAACUCAA